CGCAUAGAUUAUAGACUUUACAUAUUCUAACGCAGGGAUAUCACACGAUCUUGGAGGCCAAUUGACCAGUCCAAAGCAUGAAAUUAUCUACUCACCGAAGUGUUCUUUUAAUAAAUCCAUUGAUCGAUGCGAUGAGUGGGAAUUCACCGGCUCACAAACCACAUCAAACCAUUGUUUGGGUCACCCAUUAUAAUAGUGAUUUGGAAUACUACUAAAAAAAAUAGUCAUUAUUCAUUGAGUUUUAAUUAUGAUUACAUUUGUAAGGUUACGUGAGCAGUGUUUAAUAUGAAUGGGAUAAGCGCUGAUAUUUGAAAAUUUACGAUCAUUCUGAUCAGUCAUCCACUUGUGGUCAAAGAAAUUUCUGCAUAAAUUAAAUGGUAUUUAAAUCCAAUUUAUGGUUUCGUUACCUUUGCAGUUUUCAUGGCGCUCCAUAAAUGACCUGAGGCAGCUUUAAAUUGGAAUAAAUUUGAAUUCAUUUAAGUUAUAGACAACAGUGGGUACUAGAUAAAAGCGUCUUCAAGUAAAUUACUGGAAAUGGAAUAGUUGAUGAUGGGUACGAUGAACCGUUUAAGUCUGAUUUCGUUUGACGAUAAUUUCUUUCGCUGAAUGACCAAACCAACGAUCGGCCAAUAUCGUUCCAAUAAAUUUCAGCUGGUAUUUUUCCCCUUAUUGAGAGCUCAUAGAAAUUAGGAGUUACAUAAAGCGCGAGCUCACUGUCUUCAAGUAAUUGCUGGCGUCUACUGGUCCAGCUAAGCCAAUCUAUGUAAAUAUAAUAAAAACACCAAAAUGCACAUAAAGAGAAUCACCGUGACGUUAUCUGUUAGCGGUGCUCUUACUCUUCCGUCAGCGCGCUUCAGUUAGCUCCGAAAUGCCAAGCGGCGAGCGUUAACGUUAGAUAAACGCGACGAUCACAGAAGAAGCGACGCAACACGCUGCGCAGACGCAUUAAGUAAAGAUAAACAGUAAAUAAGAAAUAUAAAAAGUAAAUCAAUAAAGCUCCAACAAAAACAAUAUUAUAAAAAAAUCGAACGCUCAAAGCCGUCGAGAGUUCCAAGAGCAAAGUUUAAAUAAAACAUACUUUUCAUUCUAUCAGCUUUCAACCAAUGAGUGCCAAUUCGCAAACGAUACAACUAUUCAUAUUAUUUGUUGUUGUGCUGUAUAGCGAGCUACUACCACGAACGGGAAGCGUACAAAGCCAAAUUAGUAGCUAUGCAGACACAGCUGGUGAAUGGUCGUUGGACUUGAAGAAGUCGUUAACGAAGUUCGUCUCACGCGCGGCCGGCAAAAGCAACUCGGAAGCGCCACCAUAUAAGCUAACGCCGCAACAAAUGGAAGACUAUGAAGCAAUAAUGAGCGCCGGUGAGGAUAUGCCCAGCGAAUCAGGCGCAUAUCGCAAUCGCACAAAAGAUCAAAUGGACGACGAGUAUGUGCCGGAAGAUACGCGUAGCUUUCUCUGUCUGCCGAUUAUGCGUAUUUUCACUGUGGAUGUGCGUCGCGUUGUGCGUGCGGGCGAGCGCGUUGCUGUGGUGGGUGAUCAUGCGCGACUGGGCGCAUGGCAGGUGGAACGAGCUGUGGUGAUGACGCCAAGUGGUCGCGACAACGGCGUCUGGUCAGCUAAAGUAGCAAUUUGCGCCAACGCACGCAUACACUACCGCUACUUUAUCUUCAGCGUCGAUAGAUACGGCAGGCGACGGGUGCACGAAUGGGAGGGUGUACCGUAUGGCCGCGUGUUGGAGCAAUACCAGAUGUAUCGGCCACCUGGGAAGGAUCAGUUUGGCUUGCUGUCACACAUGACCGUGGGUGAUGUGGAGCACGAAAAAGGUUGGCUGCGCCAUGAGUACGCCAUCGAAUUUAAGUUCAUUUGGGAGCAGCAUAUAAAGUUUUACCGUUAUAUGCACUUGAAUCGGGCGACGAAAUUUCUGCUGAAGAUGAGCGUUUCACAAAAUGGUUUUGAGUUGUCGCCCAGCGCUUGGCGCGACACCGAACUGGAGGUGUCACACUACGCUUAUAAUCGCUCGCAGCUUCAACCGCAAACUGAGCGCGGCGUACCCUACACAGCGGGCGAUGUUGUCAUAUUUCGCUUCACAGCCGCGCUGAACACUAAAAAUUCGUAUCAGCUGAACGUUUUUACGGCGGAUGGCGAUCGCGUGGGCGAAGCAUUAAUUCUAUCUCUAGACUUGCGAGGCGGAGAGGGUGUGCUGAACGUGCCUAUACAAGGCACUGUGAAUGGUUUUCAAGUGGGUGCGUUGACGUUGCCCUACGUGAUUAUACGCCCUUUGGAUGGCGCUGCAGAUUAUAACUUGCGCGGCAGCUUUCAGCGCUACUGGCCCAUGAAUUGGCCGUCGGUGGAUAUAGGGCAUCGCGGCAUAGGCGCCAGCUACAACGCGGAUGCACCAUUGAUGGAAAAUACUUUAGCCAGUUUUUUGUACGCGCACAAAUUCAAAGCAGAGAUGGUGGAGUUGGAUGUACAGCUGACGCGCGACUAUGUGCCGAUAGUCUGGCAUGAUUUCGGUUUCAAGACCGCGCCAAAGGGGCGCUUUGUGGAGAGUGUAGAGGACUUGGAUUAUGUGCUAAUUAAGGACCUAACCUAUAAGCAACUGAAAAGUAGUCGUGUAUUUGCUAUUGAAGAUGGCGACAUCUAUGAAUACACGAGCUACAAUGCGCGCAAUGCUUCGGAGAUGGAACGCAUAUUCGUUACGCUGCGUGAAAUAUUCGAAAUAUUGCCUUCAACGCUCGGCCUGGAUAUUGAAAUCAAGUGGCCGCAGCCUUUAGUGAGCGGCGCAUUGGAGGCAGCGCAAACGCUGCGUAAAAAUCGCUUCGUCGACACCAUUUUGAAAACGACCGGUAUAUAUGGUUGCGGUCGCCCCUUAUUCUUCUCCAGUUUCGAUGCAGACAUCUGCACUAUGUUGCGUCUGAAACAGAAUGUCUUUCCCGUCGCGUUCGUGACGAUUGGUGAAACGCGCUUGUGGGAACCCUUUAAGGAUUUGCGCACGCGCAGCUAUCUGAGCGCCGUGAAUUUUGCACAAUCAGCAAACCUGUUGGGUACCGUGCCGCAUGCGGAAGACUUUCUGCAGCAUGGCGCGCUGCUUGACUUCGGUUUGGACUUGGGUCAGGCGACAUUUGUAUGGGGCGAUGAGCUCCAAGAUGCACGCAUUGUUGAGCAAUUCAAACGCUGGCAUGUGUCCGGGGUAAUUUACGACCGCAUCGAUUUGUACGGCUCGCGGCGCAAGCGUGAGCGCUUCUUCAGCGCACCAGAGUUACUCGACAUAUUCACGCGUCAGUGCAUUGUUGUUGGACAUUCCAACUGCAGCAGUGAGUUCGCGCUGCCGGAUGGCUUUGAUUUACAUGGGAAACCGGUGAGUCGACUUGGCUGUGAGGUGUUUGUGCAUCAGAUCGGCUGAAAAUCACACACAUAUAUUCAUAGUAACUGUAUUUGUAGCUAACGGAAUUUUUAAUCUAAUUAUUUAUGUAAAUAGUAAUAAGGUUUGGCACGAGCCGAUCAUUUUCGUGAAUGUUAUUAAAAGUGUUGUUAAACUCGGAAAAUAAAAGUAAUUUAAAUUAA